AUGGCGGAGAACGCGGGAGGAGAGGAUGCUCCCUUUACUUUUCACGUCAAGUCGUCGGCAGAGCCAAAGUACAGUCUCACGCUGAAGCCGUCGUCGACCAUCGCCGAGAUCAAGCAGAUUCUCACCGGCGCAGAGUAUGCGAAUGUCCCCGCAGACCGCCAGCGGCUGAUCUACUCCGGGCGCGUCCUGAAGGAUAACGAUACGCUCGCCUCUCACAAGGUCAAGGAAGGCCAUACGAUCCAUCUGGUCAAGAGCUCUGCAGCCAGCCAGAGUCAGCAGUCUGGGUCAUCGUCUUCGCAGGCGCAGGGCCAGACCGCCAGCAGGACGAACACUCCAUCGACAACAGCUCCCCCGGCCGCUGGUGUCCCAACCAACCUCGCAGCCGGUACGGGGAACUCCAUGCUGGCUGGACUGACGGGAGCCAGAUAUGCCGGCUUCUCUCAGCUUCCCGGUGCUGGCAUGUUUGGUCCAGACGGAGGAAUGGGACCUCUACCCGACCCAGACCAGAUCCUAAACAUGAUGGAAAACCCUCAAUUCCAAUCCACGAUGAACGAAGCUCUCCAGAACCCUCAGGUCAUUGAUAUGAUGAUACAACAGAAUCCGAUGCUCCGCGAUGUACCCAACGCCCGACAGAUGCUGCAGUCUCCAGAGUUCCGGAGAAUGCUCACAGACCCGAACAUGUUACGGUACAUGACACAGAUGCAGAGAGCCAUGGGCCAGGGCGGUGGCGGACAGUCUGCCUUCCCUGCACCAGGCGUCACCAACACCACCCAGCGCGAAGGCGAGAACCAGGACGCAGCCGGGAACCAAAAUACAGGAACCCAGCCCCCGCCGUUCAACCCUUUCCUCGGCAUGCCUGGCGCCGGUGCCGGUGCUGGCGGGAACCCGUUCGCCUCGUUCCUGGGCGGGAUGCAACCACCGGCAGCACAAGGCGCCGCUGGAUCAAAUCAACAGCAACAGCCAAACCCGUUCGCCUCUCUAUUCAACCCGGCGAUAUUCGGCCACCAGCCAAACCCCAACGGCCAGGGACAGCACGCCCAGAACCCGUUCAUGCAGAACCCAGCUCUAUUUUCUCAGCUUAUGCAGGCUAUGGGUGGCCCCGGAGGAGAGGCAAACAGCCCGCUACAUUCCAUGUUUGGCGGCGGCCAGCCAGCUCAGCCGGCGGACACCCGUCCACCAGAGGAGCGAUACGCAGACCAGCUUCGGCAGCUGAACGACAUGGGGUUUUUUGAUUUUGAUAGAAACGUUGAAGCCUUACGGCGGUCUGGAGGCAGCGUCCAGGGCGCGAUCGAACACCUUCUGAACAGUCCAUGA